AUGCCUCGCAGCCAAACGCAACUGCGUAAUCCUAAGGAUCGCUCAGCACAGAAACCACCCCAAAAGCGCAAAAAUGGACGCUCGCUCAAUGCGCUUUCCAUCGCAGAGAAGCAAAUCCCAACCAGAUUGGGUGUCCGACGCAGUCGUCUAGGAGCCUACGAUGAUGGUUCCAGCCGCAAAAGAACCACUGGUGGUGACGACGAGGACGAAGAGGAAGAGACCCCGCAUUACAAGCGCCGCAGAACCGAAGAUACCGGAAGUCUUGACGGUGGCAGCGAUAGCGAAGGCCACGAAUGGACUCUCGGACAAGUCAACAGUGAUGACGACAGCGAACUCGACAGCGACGAAGCCCUCGGUGAAAGCGACGAAGAACGAUUCGAGGGAUUCACCUUCCGGGCGUCCAAGUCCAAAAACCCGCCCAAGAAAGCUGCACCCAAGCCAAAGAAACCCGUCGAGAUCAACUUGGAGGAAGACGUUGAUGAGUCGGAAGAAUCUGACGAUGAAGACUACGAUGAGGAUGAGGAUGACGAUUUGGGGGAGGAUGCCGUUGAUCUCGCAACCGCCUGGGAUAUGAACGCGGCGGCUGACGAGGAGGAGGCCAGGGAGGCAGCGAAGAAGGCCAAGCGGGCCGCCAGAGACGACAGUGAGGAAGAUUCUGGGUCAGAGGCAGACAGCGAGAGCGAUGCCAGCGAAGAUGGACUCUCAGCCUCGGACGACGAGGAGGCAGACCCGCACCAGCUGUCUAAACUACAGGACUUUGUUCAGUCUAUGGAAACUGGAAAAUCUACGAAACGCACCCAGAAGUCGCAAGAACAAGCCAAGCCCUCCGAAUACGGCUUGACAUCCUCCAACAAAUUGACAGUGGCGGAUCUUCUGCCCUCAAUUACCGAUUCUCGCCUCAAAAACUCUCUCAAGCACAUUGAUUCCGUCGUUCAGUCCUCCAAGGCUGGUAUCCCUGGAAAGCUCGAUGCUCCUCUGGCAAAGCGUCAGCAAGACCGAAUUGACCGAACCGCUGCCUACGAAAAAAGCAAAGAAACCCUGAACCGAUGGUUGGACACUGUUAAAGCCAACCGCCGGGCCGAACAUCUCUCCUUCCCUCUCCGUGAUCCUGAUGCCGAGCAAACUCACCGUUUGGAGGUGACCAAACCGCAGACCGACUUGGAAAGUGCGAUUCAGAACAUCCUCGUGGAGAGUGGCUUGGCGGAGGCCGAAGGCAAGACCGCCGAAGAUCAAAUUCAAGAAAUUGAAGAACUCCAGGCUCGCAAUGUUCCCCUGGAAGAGAUCCAGGCUCGUCGGGCCGAGCUGCGCAAGCGACGUGAUUUACUUUUCCGUGAGGAAGUUCGUGCUAAGCGUAUCAAGAAGAUCAAGAGCAAGUCAUACCGCCGCGUUCACCGCAAGGAGCGCGAGAAGAUGGAGCAACAAGAGCGACAGGCCCUUAUGGAAGCCGGUGUGGAUCCCGAUGAGAUGGACCAGGAGAAGAGUGAGCGGCAAAGGGCUGAGGCUCGCAUGGGCUCCAAGCAUCGCGAGAGCAAAUGGGCCAAGGGCUUGAAGCAGACCGGUCGCACUGCUUGGGAUGAGGAUGCCCGCAACAGCCAAGCUGACUUGGCUCAGAGAGAGGAGGAGUUGCGGAAGAGAAUUGAAGGCAAACGUGUUUCCACUGGAGAGGAUGACUACCUCGGCUCUUCUAGCUCUGAAUCAGAGGACGAGGAUCCUUGGAAUGAAGAAGGGUCCGACGUGGAAAGACAAAAAAUCCAGAAAAAGCUAAGCGCCCUUGAAAGCAAUGACAAGUCCGGUGCCGUCAAGGGGCCUCAUGCCGACCUUUUCGAGAUGAAGUUCAUGAAGAACGCCGAUGCCGCCCGGAAGGAGGAGAAUGAUGCGGAGCUUCGAAAGCUCAAUCGUGAGCUCCACGGCGAGGAGUCUCAGUCCGAGGCUGACUCGGAGGUUGGUCGACGCAAGUUUGGCCAGUCCGCGAAGCCCGAAACCAAGACUCGUGCGAAGCAAGUUCCUAAGAAUGAGUUCGAGGAAAAGUUGGACUCCGAUGAUGAAGAUGCCCAGGUCGCUGGAUCAGAUAACGAUAUGGACAUCGUUGUCGGUGGAUCUGCUAAGCAAAACUCUGGGGCUCGUGCUAACAAGCCGACCCCACAGUCCCGCAAAUCUUCCAACCAGCAGCUGAAAGCAGCUGAAGAAGAGGCACCCGCGGAGGAGGAGAACCCCUGGUUGAUUCAGACCGAACGUACCAACCGUCGCCGAACCGGUCCUGAUGCUCAGGAGAGCAUUGACAUCUCGCUUGAUGCUGCCCAACCUGAAAUUGCCCCGGCGAAGGCGCAAAACAAGAAGCAAAAGAAGGCUAAGACAGCAUCUGCCAAACAACAGUUCGAUGAAGAGGAUAGUGACGAUGAGGACAGUGUCCCCGUCCUACUCAAAAACCACGAUCUCGUGAAGAGAGCGUUUGCCGGUGAUGAAGUCGUUCAAGACUUCGACCAAGAAAAGAUGGAUACCAUUGAAGACGAAGGCGAUAAGGUCAUCGACAACACGCUCCAGGGCUGGGGGAGCUGGGCCGGCGAAGGUGUGAGCAAGAAACAGCAGAAGAGACAGAAGCGUGACUUGACCACUGUCGCGGGUGUGAAACCCCAGCAGCGCAAGGAUGCCAAGCUCGACCGUGUCAUUAUCAACCAGAAGCGAAUCCAGAAGAACAAGAAGUACAUGGCCACCCAGCUACCUCAUCAGUUCGAGAGCAAGCAACAGUAUGAACGGUCUCUGCGCAUGCCGCUGGGCCCCGAGUGGUCCACCAAGGAGACUUUCCAGAGUGGCACCAAACCUCGUGUCAUGAUCAAGCAGGGUAUCAUCAAGCCCAUGGAAAAGCCCAUGAUCUGA